UGCGCGCUGGGGCUCGCGGCUAACACUGGCGCCGACGGGGCCUUCAUUCUGUGGUCGGCAAUGGCGGGCUCGGUCUCGCUUGCGGGUUUGCUGGGGUUGCUACUUGUGUCUGCACUGCCCGGGGUCCUCGGAGACCGCCCCAGCCCCGACCUCCGGGCACACCCAGGGGACCCCGCCCAGGUCGGCCCUGAGGCCACGGAACCCCGGCGUCGGCAGCCGCCCAAGGACCAGCGCGAGCGGGCCCGGGCGGGAGCUCUGCCUUUGGGGGCGCUGUACACCGCAGCUGUCGUGGCUUUUGUGCUGUACAAGUGUUUGCAGCAGGGGAAAGAUGAGGCUGCAGUUCUCCAAGAAGAGGCAGGCAAGAAGGAAUCAUUGCAGUCAGAGCAACAGCUGGCCCAGUUGACACAACAGCUGGCCCAGACAGAGCAACACCUGAACAAUCUGAUGGCCCAACUGGACCCCCUUUUUGAGCGUGUGACUACCCUGGCUGGAGCCCAGCAAGAGCUUCUGAAUAUGAAGCUUCAGACCAUCCACCAGCUGUUACAAGACAGCAAGCCAAACAAGGGUGUGGACAUUCCAGAACCAGAGGCCAGCAUACCCUUUCCUGAGGACUUAUGUAUAGAGGAGGAGGCUGGUGACAGUCAGGCCUGGGAGGAGCCCUUAAACUGGAGCACAGAGACAAGAACCCUAGCUACUCCCUGGGAAGUGGAGCAGGGGCUAAGGAGAAGAUGCAGCAAGGCUGUGAGAAGGGCCGCAGUCACAGCCCCCGCUGGCAAGGAGAAAUGACAGCGGAAGGUUUAGUAAAACAAAGUCUGUUCUUGUGA